UCCGCCGCAAACAUGGCAGACGAGUUGGAUGUUGUUGACAUCGAGGGAGAUGAAUGUGAUGAAAGAGUCGGGGACCUGAACAGUGCUGAGAUUCUCCAGGAUCAAUAUUUACAUUCUGCUUGGAAGACAAACAGCAGUAUACUGCCGUGGACGCUGGACAGCUCCAUCAGCGAUGAGAACAGACAGGCCAUUGAGGGCAUGCUGCUGGAGGAACAGUAUUAUUUUGCCAGUAAAAAAGCACCAAAUGUAGCAUGGACCAAUGAGAAGACUAAAGUAAAAAAGACAUUGGUGAAGAGUUCUGGAGCACAAACUUGUUGGGUUGAAGAGGAGAAAGAUCUCUUUGAGAAAGGACUGGCUCAGUUUGGCCGUAGGUGGACAAAGAUCGCCAAACUAAUCGGCACUAGGACAGUUCUGCAGGUGAAGAGCUAUGCUAGGCAGUACUUCAAAAAUAAGUCUAAAACAGACACACCUGCCAAAGUGCCCUCCUCUAAUGUGACUUCAGACACCAUGUUGGUCCCCUCGAUCCAGCCUCAUGUCUCAGCCCUGACCAAUGCUGUGCGCAUCGAGCAACUUUCUGAUGAUCAAGAUGUUGACAUCACUGAUGACUUCAGUGACGAUGGGCAUCAGUCAGAAAACCAGCCAGAGCCCCCAGGCUCCCCAGAGUGCAAACACAAAGAAGAACUCAGUCCACUGCCACCUCCAUCAGACGUACUUUUAAACCCUCUGUCAGAAUCAGAAAGGACAGCUCAAGAUGGACCCACUGAUCCAGACACAAAUGGAAACGCUGGCAUUGUUACUCAUAUUGGGAUUGAUCCGGAACCUGAGGAGGAAAGUGGGACGUGCUUCUCUAAAUCAGGCAGCCCAGGCAAACACAGCCUGUCUGAGGAGGAGAGCAUUGAAAGAGCAGAUAAGACUGAAUCAGGUGAAAGUCCUGAGGAGGAGAUGGAGGAAGACCAGGAGGAGGAGGAGGAGGAGGAGGAGGAGGAGGAGCUCAGAGCUCCUGAUCAGGAGGUUGUACUGGACCUAAACACCAUCACAGAGGAGGAGAAGCAAGCCAUCCCAGAAUUCUUUGAGGGGCGUCCAUCAAAAACAUCAGAGAGAUAUCUAAAAAUCCGCAAUUACAUCCUGGACCAGUGGGGAAGAAGUAAACCCAAGUACCUUAACAAGACAUCAGUGCGUCCAGGCUUGAAGAAUUGUGGGGAUGUCAACUGCAUCGGUCGGAUACACACCUACUUGGAGCUCACUGGAGCUAUUAACUUCAACUGUGAUCAGGCUAUCUAUAACCGUCCACAGCUGGUUGAUCGCUCUCGGCUAAAGGAAAACAAAGACAGGCUGGAGGCGUAUCAUCUUGCCCAGAGACUGCAGUCUAUGCAUCUGAGCGCAGAGGAGCUGGCCAUCAGAAGAGAGGAAAUGAAGAAGAAAGGACCAAAACCAUCUAAACUCCCCAAACAGAGAGGCUCUCUGAUUGAUCCAUUCCAGCUCAUUCCAUGCAAAGCUUUUGGAGAGGAAACAGAGGAACCAUACAAAGUGAUAGUUUGUGCUGAGGCUCUUGUUGUCAUGGAUAUACAUGCUCAUGUAUCCAUGGGAGAGGUGAUUGGCCUUUUAGGAGGAACAUAUGAAGAUGAAGAGAAGGUGUUAAAGAUCUGUGCAGCAGAGCCAUGCAACAGCUUGAGCACAGGUCUGCAGUGUGAGAUGGACCCCGUCUCUCAGACUCAGGCCUUGGAGCUGCUCGGGGUCAAAGGUCACAGUGUGGUGGGUUGGUACCACUCUCAUCCAGCCUUCGACCCCAACCCCUCCCUCAGAGACAUUGACACUCAGGCCAAAUACCAGAGUUAUUUUUCUCGAGGAGGUGCUCCGUUCAUCGGGAUGAUUGUCAGCCCGUAUAACUCAAGUAACCCGUCUCCCCUGUCUCAGACCACCUGUCUGCUGGUCCAGGAGGAGACCGGACCCUCUGGACCUCAGAGGUUUCCAUUCCGAUUUAACAUCCAGUAUUCAUCUGAGCUUCCUGAUUGGUCAGAAGUGAUGAGAAGAGCAGAAUGGGUGGUGUUCAAGUACAGGCUGUGUCAUGGGAGUGUACCAAUGGACAGGCUCUUCCGCAGACACUCUUCUCUAACUUGCCUGGAAAAGAUGCUUACAUCAAUCCGGAAGACUUUGGAGCAGGUCUCAGAGAUUGACUUAGAGACUUUCCUGGUACAGAUAGAAACCUUGUUUACUACACAUUUUCUCCCUGAGACUGGCUCUUCCUCCUGUCAUCUUCAUGAAACAGUAACACAGCCUCAGUUACUGUCAUUCAUCUCCUCUGAGCCAAUCAACAGCAGCCAUGCCACGGAUGAGACGUGUGUUACUGAGUAUGACAGCCCAGAUGAACUGUCAGAUGAACUGUACUAAAAGACCUGUCGACCAUGUUAAAAGCUGUAAUGAAAAAGAGGAUGCACCUGUUACACAGUCUAUCAACCCUACUACCCUGUAAAUAAUAACAAUAAACCUAACAAUCUGAAGGUAAAAACAUACUAUAAAGAAACCUGCUACUGCGGAGGACGUGUAUCAUUCAUGCAUUGUACAAAAUUGUGUAACAUUGCAUUCAUGUAGAUUUUUAUUAUAAGUUUUAUAAUAUAGUUUUCAUAAAAGUUGAGUUUAACCACAAAGCUCUAUUUAAAAUUAAAGUUUAAACGUAAUACUUGUUUUUUUUUGUAGUUUGAUGACAUUUUGUCAUUCAAUUUGAUCAGUGUUCAAGAAAGUGUUUG